CGGCAUGGCCCGCGCCCUGCUGCUGCUGCUGCUGGGCUGCGCCUGGCUGGGCGGGCGGGCGCCGGCGGCGCGGGGCCAGGAGGCGCCGCAGACGCCCGACUGGCGGAUGACGCUGAAGACCAUCCGCAACGGCGUGCACAAGAUCGACGUGUACCUCAACGCGGCCCUCGAGCUGCUGGGCGGCGAGGACGGCCUGUGCCGGCACAAGUGCGGCGACGGAUCAAAGCCCUUUCCCCGCUAUGGAUACAAGCCCUCCCCACCGAAUGGUUGUGGAUCUCCUCUGUUCGGGGUUCAGUUUGACAUUGGUAUCCCGUCAAUGACAAAGUGCUGCAAUCACCACGACAGAUGCUACGAUACCUGUGGCAAUAAAAAAAAUGAUUGUGAUGAGCAGUUUCAGUCUUGCCUCUCCAAAAUCUGCAGAGAGGUGCAGAAAACACUUGGAAUAUCAGAAACUGUACAAGCUUGUGAAUCAACAGUUCAGCUGUUGUUUGAUGCAGUUAUUCAUUUAGGAUGUAAACCUUACCUGGACAGCCAAAGAGCUGCAUGUAUGUGUCAAUAUGAGGAUAAAACAGAUCUCUAAAAGAAGAUUUGAGAGCUCAUGGUGUGGAAUAAAGUGAAAGACUCAACUGGAAUGUGGCCAGCGUUUGGUUACAAAGCUUUAGAUUUUUCAGAACGUAAUAUAUUAAACACUGACAUGAAUAUACUGGUUUGAUAGCCACUAUGAUGUUCUUCCUAAAGCUAAAAAUAUAUAUGUACACAUAUGUGUAUAUGUAUGAAAAACCCUUUUUCUCUCUCCCCAUCACCAUCCAUACCCCCUGAGCUUGGAAACAGAAAUUAGUUUCCUUUGGCAUAGGUCUGUAUGCUCAGGGUGUGCUUCUAUAAAACAUCAGUGUCUUUUUUACUUUAAAAAACUCAUAAAGAACUGCAUAAUAAGGAAAUCAGAGGUGCAGAAGAGCUGUAUUCAAUUCUCAUAUUUUUCUUAAUGUAGGUCAAAAUUUAGGUUUACUAGCAGUUGAUGCAUCUGAUGGCUCCAACAGGAAAGACUAUUUUGUGUGAGUUUAAAGUGGCAUUUUAAAUAUCCCGUACUUACGUGCUUUUCGUGGAAUCUGAGAUAAACUGACUUAAUUUCACUCUGACGUAUGCUUUUCAUGUGUGAAGACCAGAAGAAGCCUUUAACAGACGCGUACACCUGCACUACAUAUUUUUGCCUGAUUAUACAUCAAACUCACUUCUGCAGCACUUUUCAGAUCAAACGUUGAUCCUUUUAAGGCUUGACCACUAAAAUGAACAGCAUGUAACCUAAGGAUAUAUUUUUGAUUUGACAAAAUGCUGAAAUGCAGUUGUAAUAUGUUAUUUUAAAAAAUGAAUCUUAAGUGUUUAUUUUUCAAAUAAAACAUUUUGGUGCUCUGUGCAUUAUAUGCAUAGAAAUUAUAUAUUCAUUUGUUCAAAGCGGUUGAUUUAUAUUUGUCUAGUGGUACAACUUGGUUACUUUAUUAUCUUUGUUUUCAUUCUAUUGAAAACCAGAAGUUCCACAGCUGUAGUCAAUACGCCUAACUAACCUUGUUAUUUAAAAUGCCCUCUGUGAGGCUGACAAACAUCUGAUCGUGUAUUUCUGUCAUCUUUUUCUUCUGUGACUUCUAUAACUGAAAUUGUUCAGUGUCUGAAUUAUUUUGGGUUUGUUCUCUGUACUGAUUUUUCAUUGCUUCUCUCCAGCUGUCAGACCUCAGUUAACUUUUUGUGUUAGAUACUCUGUCAUAGAAACUUCAGUUUCUUCUCCUGCUCCCCUGAUUCUGCCUUAGAAAUCCACAGAGGACUGAAAAUUAAAAUACUACAUCUGUGAACAGGGUGUGGGAACUAUGCAAAAAGCCUAAAAUUUACCUGACUUGUGGACUGUAGUGUGAUUUCUUGUCUGGAAAUACUUUUGUAUGGUUUUGCUUUACCAGCUGUUUGUGGGGGUUUUUGUUUUUUUUCCACUAGAGCCUGCUUUACAUGACACUGAAUGUAAGUGUGACUCUUCUUCAUAGAAUAAAGUUCCUGAUGAAGUUUUUUGGUUAUG